AUGCGCUUCGAGCUCGACCCCGACGACGUCUUCUACCGCGCCGCGGACGCGCGCGCGUCGCGCGACGACGACGACGACGCGAAUCGCGUGCGCGUCGAGGUGCACUUUUCGGGACAUCGCUCGACGCUCGACGCGAAUUGCGACGCGGUGCGCGCGACGAUCGCGCGCGUCGCGCGCGGACACGUGUGGGCGCGCGAUGCGCCGCGCGUGGCGCCGAUCGCGGGGUCGAACGCGUGCGAGUGGUCGGUGUGGGUCGGAGACGACGUCGACGACGCGUGGUUGGCGGCGGCGUGCGCGCUCGAGACGUCGAGCGAGCGCGCGGACGUCGCGCGCGCGGUGCGAGUCUGGGACGACGACGGGGAGUUCACGCUGAUCGAAACCGCGGAGGCGCUGCCGGCGUGGGUGACGCCGGAGCGCGCGACGGGGACGACGUUUUUGGUGAAGGGCGAGCUGGUGGUGCGGGACGGCGGGGCGACGGAACGCGCGGGGGGCGGGGCGAACGCGCGAGCGCGGACGAACGCGGCGUUGGAGACGCUCGACGACGCGGAGAGGAUGCCGGAGGAAGCGCAGAAGAUUUUGAGGGCGAGAACGGACGCGGCGACGCGCAAGGCGAAGGAAAAUCGUCACGACGCGUUUGCGAUUACGCCGAGGCGCGUCGCGCGCGUGCUGCGACGAGAACCGCAACUCGUGGCGGCGGCGAUCGAGAGUUUGCGAGCGCGCGAUCCCGCGGGCGUGCGCGCGGCGGCGAAGAUGACGCACUUCGAGCCGGUGGAUUUUCACCCGACGCUGGUGCGAAUGUCGCGAUGGUUGUUCUCGGAAAUCAGUCGCGAGCGUUUCGAAGCGCCGGAGCGAUAUCCGAUGCCGCCAAAGAGCGCGGAUGAUUUCAUCGCGCGCGAGCUCGGGAUGAAGAUCGCGUGCGGGUUCGAGAUGUUACUCGCCGAUCGCGGACCGGUCGUCGACGCGUCCGCGAGCGACGCCGAACCGGUGGACGAUCGGGCGUGGACGACGUUUAAGGCGAGUUUGACGGAGAACGGGUAUUUUAGAAACGAAAUGGUUGGAAGCGCGAUGUACAGGACGCUCCUGGCGAACGCGGUGCGCGAGUACAACGCGUCGCCACAAGCGUCGACGUCUCGCCGUGCGCAACGUUCGGCGCCCGCCGAACGCGUUCGCGAGAUUCUCGCCGCGCCCGAGAGCGACGACGACGCGUUGCGCGCGGCUUCGCCGAGCGACGCGAGCGAUGAGACUUGGCUUCUUGAAGCCGACAAAGCGCUGAACGAGGAGUUAGCCAAGCUAGAAAAAGAGCGCGAGCGCACGGUGUGCGACGCGACGAGGAGCGCGAGAUCGUUCGUCGAGCGCGAAUCCGGAUUCGAAGGCGUGGAGACGCGAUCGCGGCGGGUGAAUCACAACGCCGCGCCGGGCGCGUGUCCGGGUGAUUUAAACAUCCCCGACGGCGAUGCCGGGUUCAGCUUAGACGCUCGAAAGUUCCUCAGCGAACUCGGCAAGGCGCUCGCGAUCGAGGACGACGACAAGUUGCGACGGUACCUGGACGCCGACGGCGCGGACUUUGAUUCCGACGACUCCGACGACGACUUCAAUUUCCCCGACGACUCCGACUCCGACGCCGCGCGUCGCCGCGCGCGCGACUCCGACGACUUACCCGAGGACGAUUUCUUCGCGUCGUCUUCCGAUUCCCUCGACGCGGACUCCACCGACUUCGUCCACGUCGGCGACGACGCCUCCGACAGCGACGACGACGACGACGACGACGCCUUCGCCGCCCACUACGACGCCGUCCUCCGCCGACAACUCGCGUCCACCGACCUCGACGUCACGCCAUCCGACGCCACCGACGCCGACGUCUCCGCCGCCCUCGCGCGCGGUUUUCUCCACAGCGCCUCCGCCGACGCCUCGCGCGCCGGUCCCGCCGCGAGUCUCCUCGCCGCCGCCGGCGUCCCCGCCGACGUCGCCCGCGCGCUCCACCUCCACCGCCCCGACGCCCCGUGA